GAACUCAAAUGAAUACACAUUGUUAGGGAAAUUAUUCUACUUUCUGAAAAGACAGAAUAAUUGAAGAGAGUGGACAAAAAAAGAACAAAAAUGCAAUCAAAUUUCAUGGUUGGUGGAAUCCGAUCAAUCAUUCCACUUUUUGCAUCAUUUUUAAGUCGAAUUCUAUCCAUCUUUCUAUUUCUGAAUUUAGCAUGAUGGCAGAUAAAUCCAACUCCAGCCUAAGCUCGAGUAACAACUAUGACGAUCCCCAGCGUCGGUUCAAACAGCCAGUCGAGGUUGAAUUCGCCUCCGAAGACGAAGGAUGGAGUUCAGAGAGUUCCGACACGUCAAGAUGGAGUGUGGCGGCUAGUUUACGAGAUCUCGCAGAGUGUAUGAUGAGAAGACAAGCAGCAGAGCUUGAGAUGAUGAAGACGAGAGAGAUGGUAAGGAUUGAGGCGGAGAAUCGGCGAUUAGAGAGGGAGACCGAGUUGACAGAGAUGAUGUUGAAGACCCAGUUGCAGCUUACGUCGUUUAUAUGUUCACAAGCAUGUGACCGGAAACGAAAGCGCGGUGAAGAAGACAGUAGUGACCCACCGGUGUCCGCAGAAAGGAAAGGAGCAAUGUUACUAAGCUUACUCCACUUCAAUUUCGGCAUAUGAUAUGCGUUAAAUUUCAUGUAUGCCAUAUUUCUUCUUGUAACCAAAUAUUAAUCGAUAAAAACCUAUAUCUUAUCCAGA